CAAGAGAGAGGCAGAGUCGGUCACCACGAGAGCGGACGCCACCGAGUCCCCCUCACUCUCAACAGUUUUCCCUAUGUGGAAGCCAUUUGGCCCCGCUGUGCACUACACGCAGUUUAACGCCAGCCUUCAAAGGCUGCGGAUACGGAAGACCAGCAAUUAUUAAAGUACACACGCGGCCUAGGAGAGGGACAAGGGGUCUGGACAGAGCUUCACCGUGCUCUCUUCCACCCCCACUCUGAGGAGGUAUCUGUGGUGCAGUCACCUCAGGACGGGGUCUAGGGACAGCACCGUCAUCUGGUGGCACAGAGAAAAGGCGCACCUGCCACACACACGGGUAAGGGUCACUCUCUCCUAUCCGAGUACAGACCAGGCCCUACCCUGCUUAGUGCGGCUACUCCUCCUAAAGCCUUUAAGUCAGUACAGACUUCGGACGUAACUUUUAUGGGGAAAAAUGGUUAAACAUCACGAAGACUGUUUUCGGAGUACAUAUUUCUUACACUUGGAAGAUACCACCUACGUUUCUUGCAAAUUAGUGAUAGAAAGUCACGUGAUAAAUACAGCUUUCCUUACGGCUAAAUAACUGACUGCAACAUAGGAACCAAACAACUAAUCAACAAUCACCAGAUGCGUACAAAACUGAAAACGGAGCUCACGGCUGGUAUAAAAGGAAAGCCUGCCAGGCCCUGAAGAGCACUAGUCUGGGAAUUUUCACAUCCACUGGAUAUGGUGUUAAAGCAACAGCAAGAACUAUUUAUACUCAAAAGCAGGGAGGUCUCCAAAGACUUCCUUUUCGAGGUCUGUCCCGACCACGCCUGAGCUGCAAUGGCCACUCAACACAGCAUCUGACAGGCACCUAAUGUCCCAGUGAGCCGGGGCCAGGCUCGGUGGCAAUGUGAAAAUGGUGCUGAGUACCUGAUCCACCCUCACCCUGCUCUAUGCUGAACCUGGGUAUUACCUGAAGGACAAUGGCCACCCCUGGGACUUGUCCUCAUUUAAUUAUAAAAACCACUGAAAAAACCCAAUCCUCUGGGCUCUGACGCUGGGCGAGGUUUAUACAGGUGUAUUCGGUCAGUGCAGAGGGGCUUACAGAUUCUGCAACACAAACAAAAGCCCCAAACCUUGCUUCCUGCACUAAAGCCACAAUACAGGAAAAGAUGGAAAGGACUACAGCUGCCUUUAUACCAAAGGUCCUAAAAAGCUUUACUUUCAUUUUCAGGAGUCUCCUUCCCAUGCAAUGUCUAUUUUUAUGAUUUAAAUUCUUUAGAGACUUAUUAUAAUGAGAUUUUUUUUUUUGGUACUGGGGAUCAACUCACGACCUUGUGCUUGUGAGGCAGGUGCAGUGCCACUGAGCUAAAUCCCUGGCACUAUAAUGAGAUUUUUAUAUUUACAUUUAAUAAUGCUGUAUAAUUUUAAAAGUAGGCCAUAAAGUUUGAUGUUUAGUGCAAUCAAUGAACAUUUACUGAAAGAGCAUAAAACAUACUUUGGGUUGUGCUGCUUUUUAGUCUGCAAGCAUGUUGAGCAGAAAAAAACUAUACAAUGAAAAUAAAUAAUUUUAUUUUAUUUAUUUAUUUAUUUUUUUUGGCACCGGGGAUCGAACUCAGGUCCUUGCGCUUACACAGCAGGCAGCGAAACCACUGAGCUAAAUCCCCGGUCCUAAAAUAAAUACAUUUUUAAAAAUCCACAAUCAACAUACAUUAAUAGUUCUGAUUGUUCCAAAGUUUAACAAUCCAAGGCUAACUCCAAAUGCUGUGCUGUCAGUACUUUACCCAAGCAGCACUUGUAAUGAUGGUGCGGACAGGUAGGCCACCAAUGACCAAUCUGAGAUGAACACCAGUCCAAAGUACAAAGGCUUUUAAAUAAUAGGCAACAGGAGGGCUGGGGAUGUAGCUCACCUGCCUCGCAAGCACAAGGUCCUGAGUUUAAUCCCCAGUACCAAAAAAAAAAAGGCAACAGGAAUAAGACACAGUUUGUUAUGGAAACUGAGAGUCACAAUUCCUCAACAAACAAUCAAACAGUCCUAACAAUAUAAAGCUUGAUAUUUACCCAACCUAAACUCCAAAGGAUGAUCCUUGCAGACAAUAUUAACUAAAACACUUCUGAUUACCUUUUGCUACUGUUAUGCCUCUGCAGGUACCUACCUAGAGCUCAAGAUAUCUUGUUUUUAAUCACUUAAGUCUUCUCUAAAAAACAAUUCAGAAACUUACUUCAACAGAUUCAAGUUUAUAAUCAUAUAAUCCCUCAUUUCCUUAAGGAAAGAUCUGGCCUCAGUAUAAUACAAAUACAUGGGAAUAACAUGAAAAUAUGCUCGACAUCAUUAGUCACCAGGGCAAGGUGGGUAAAGCAUAGGGACUUGGCACUACACACUCACGGCAAUAGUUACAAUGCUAUUAUGUGACCGCACCAGUACUGACAGCACACACGAUUCAGGACUCUCAAACACUGCUGCCUCCACCACUUCAGCUUCUUUUCUUUGUUUCUCCCAGUACUGGGGUGUGAAACCAGGGGGACUCUACCAAUGAGCUAGAUCCCCAGAUCAUUUUCUUCUUUCCAGUAUCAAGGAUCAAACUCAGGACCUUACGCUUUUCAAGGCUGGCUCGGUGCCACUGAGCUACACCCCUAGCCCUCCAGAUCUUUUUGUAUUUGAUUUUGUGACAGGGUCUUGCUAAAUUGCCCAUGCUGGCCUAGAACUGCUGGUGGUCUCCUGCCUCGGCCUCCUGGGAGUAUAGGCAUGCAUCACUGUGCCCUGCAGUUUGGCAGUUAGUUCAGGAAUGACUUUACACUGCUGGUAACAUCCACUGCCACGUGACAAGACAUUUUACUCUCUGAUAUCUGUCCCCACAGAUGUGUAUACAAUGCUGUCUAAACCAGAGUAACUUAAAUGCCCACCAACAGAUGAACUAAUAAACUGUUUACAGCCACAACAUGGAAUAUUAUCCAGUAAUAAAAAAGAACUGGUGACAAAUGGAAUGACAAGGAUGAAUCUUAGAAUCACAAGUGAAAAAAGCAAGGGCUGAAAAAACACAUGCUGUAUGAUUCCAUUUAUAUAAAGUUACAGAAUGUGCAAACUAAUCCAGCGAGACAGAAAGCACACCAGUGACUGCCUAGAGUUGGGAAGGAAAGGACAGGUUAAAGGGGCACAAGAAAGCUCUGUGCGGGAGGAAGAAGCCUGCUGACUGGUGACCGGUCCGUGUCUGCACACACACACAACUGGACCCCAGGACAGCCAGGCAUGGCUGUGCGGCCGUAGCCCCAGGUAGCUGGGGGGCUGAGAAGGAUCCUCAAGGCCAGCCUGGGCAUCACAGUGAGACGCCAUCUCAAACAAAGAAAAACUUGGUAAAAUGACGCAUUUGAAAUACACGUAGUUUAGUACGCUUCAUUAAAGUCAAUUCUGUUGUUCUUUUAGAGAGCUUAAAGGAAGAAAUUUCAAGGUACGGUACUAAGAAUGCAUGUGGAGCUCACAACAUGAGCCAGCUUCGGGCCACACAUCCGGGACUUCUCGUGUGCACGGUGAUCUGCAUCCUCAUUUUUCUCUAUGUAAGGAAUCUCACUCCCGAGGAGCCAGAAGAGGAGCCCACACAUCCAGCGGUGGUGGAGUGCGGCUUUUACCCCGAUGAACUGUGUUCAGCUUUAUUUGAAGGAAAAGGGGUAGCCUCUCAAAUUGCAAAAUUUUGUAAAAACCCUCAUGGGUCCAAAGUGCUUGCUUAUUUACACAAGCCAGGAAACUGCUCCAGGACGUCCCAGCGGCUACGCUUCAUAACCAGGCCCCUGUCUGUAGAAGAGGGCAACUUUUCCUUGGCAUACAUAAUAACUCCUCCGAAGGAGCUGGCCAUGUUCGUGCAGCUUCUCAGAGCUAUUUAUGUGCCUCAAAACGUUUACUGUAUUCAUGUUGACAAAAAGGCCCAAAAGAAGUACAAGACCACUGUGAAAGGCCUGGUUAGCUGUUUUGAAAACAUCUUUAUUUCAUCAAAGAGACAGAAAGUGGCUUACUCUGGCCUUAGAAGACUACAGGUAGAUAUUAACUGUAUGAAGGACCUAGUCCACUCCAAAUUUCAAUGGAACUAUGUCAUUAAUCUUUGUAGGGAGGAUUUUCCGAUCAAAACCAAUAAAGAAAUCAUACACUACAUCAGAAGCAAAUGGAAUGAUAAAAGUAUCACUCCUGGAGUAAUGCAACCAUCAACUACUAAAUUCAAGACAAGCCAAAGUCACCCGGAGUCCAGCCCUACAGGAAGUAUCUAUGCAUCACCAAAUGAAAGAUUCAAAUAUGAGCCCCCUCAUAACUUAACCAUUUACUUUGGAAGUGCUUACUACGUGCUUAGGAGAAAGUUUGUAGACUUCAUCCUGACUGACGUCCGUGCAAAGGACAUGCUGCAGUGGUCCAGGGACAUCCACAGCCCAGAACGCCAUUACUGGGUAAUCCUGAACCGACUGAAAGAUGCUCCAGGUGCCACACCAGAUGCUGGCUGGGAAGGAGAUGUGCGAGCCAUCAAAUGGAGACCGGAGGAAGGAAAGGGUCACGAUGGAUGCAGAGGCCACUAUGUCCAAGACACCUGCUUAUAUGGACUGGGAGACUUACCGUGGAUUAUUCAGUCGCCUUCUUUGUUUGACAAAUUUGAGCCCUCAGCAGACCCCCUUGUGGUUAUGUGCUUGGAGAGGUGGUACAGACUUAAGGUCCUACAACAGGCAGAAGUCUCUGUAGAACCGCACUGGCAUUUUCAACAGCAAAGUCACUUCAACGUGAAGCCCAACCACUGAAGAGCGUUCGUGCUCUUGUUGGUACCUUCUGUUUGCUGACUUGAAACAACAGAACACAGGACGAGAGCAGGAAGAAUGGGACAGUCAUUCCUGGGUAUAAACUAGCCCUAAAAUGAAUUUAGAAAUAUGCAAUAGACGAGCCUUUACCGUAGACUGCUUUACAGCUCUGGGAAAGAAAUCACAGGAGAAGAGUGACCCGAGCAGCCACUGGUGAUGCACACGCGAGCUGGUGCACAACGCAGUUGGUUCUGAGGGCCUGGAUAUUCUUGUGUAUGAGACAUUAAUAAAGAACAAAUUCCCACUGAAAAUGAA